AUGCCUGACUUCAAGCUCUCCGCGUCUCUCGAAGGUCACGGCGAUGAUGCGCAUAUGAAUCUAUUCACUGACCUCGCAUUUCGGCUUCAGGUUCGCGCCGUGGCCUUCCCAAACCCCAAUGUCGUCCUCUCAGCCUCUCGUGAUGCCACAGUUCGACUUUGGAAGCUUGUCUCCUCCCCUCCUCCAACUUACGAUUACACAAUUGCCGCACAUGGCCAGGCCUUUAUCAACAGUCUAGCUUACCUGCCGCCGACACCCGAAUACCCGGAGGGCCUAGUGCUCUCUGGUGGACAAGAUACAAUCAUCGAAGCACGGCAGCCUAGCAAGUCUGCCACGGAUAAUGCGGAUGCAAUGCUACUGGGUCAUGGCCACAACAUCUGUGCUCUGGAUGUCUCUCCAGAUGGCGCAUGGAUUGUUAGUGGCAGCUGGGAUUCUACAGCUCGUCUCUGGAGAGUUGGGAAAUGGGAGAGUGAGGCCGUACUGCAAGGGCAUGAAGGGAGCGUCUGGGCUGUCCUAGCCUAUGACAACAACACCAUCAUCACCGGCUGCGCCGAUCAAAUGAUUCGCAUAUUCAAUACCUCCGGCACCCUCCUCGGAAGCAUCAAGAACUCCAAUGACGUCGUACGAGCUCUCUGCAAGGUCCCUGCCUCAAAUCCCACCGGUGCCCAGUUCGCAUCCGCCAGCAAUGACGGCAUUAUUCGACUUUACACCUUACAGGGUAACUUGGUUGCCUCUCUUCAUGGUCAUGAGAGCUUUGUUUACUCCCUUGCUGCUCUGCCGUCGGGUGAGCUGGUGAGUUCGGGAGAGGACCGUACCGUGAGGAUAUGGCAGGGCACCCAGUGCGUUCAAACCAUCACUCAUCCGGCCAUCUCUGUCUGGAGUGUUGCCGUGUGCAACGAAAGUGGUGAUAUUGUUAGCGGCGCCAGUGACCGUACCACCCGGAUAUUCAGUCGGAGCGCAGAUCGCCACGCCUCUCCCGAGGUCAUUCAACAAUUCGAGCAAUCUGUCAAGGAGUCGGCCAUCCCUGCUGAGCAGGUUGGAAAGAUUAAUAAGGAGCAACUGCCAGGUCCAGAGUUUCUGAAGGAGCGAUCCGGAACGAAAGAAGGACAGGUUCAGAUGAUUCGCGAGUCGGACGGGAGUGUCACUGCCCACACCUGGUCAUCCGCAACUCAGGAAUGGAUUGCCGUUGGUACAGUGGUGGAGUCGGCAGCAAGCAGCGGCCGGAAGACGGAGUAUCACGGACAAGACUAUGAUUACGUCUUCGAUGUCGACAUCGAGGAUGGCAAGCCACCGUUGAAACUCCCAUACAAUGUCUCUCAGAAUCCAUAUGAAGCUGCAACCAAGUUCAUCGGGGACAACGAGCUACCCAUGUCCUAUCUUGAUCAGGUCGCGAAUUUCAUCACACAGAACACCCAGGGCGCCACGCUUGGCCAGUCUCAAGACAACGGUGCAGACGCUUGGGGCUCAGAGCGAAGAUACCGACCCGGUGAUGCUGCCGCUGUCAAUGAAGCAGCACCACCACCACCACCCGUUCCCGAGCCACGACCUCAGGUGCUGCCUCAAAAGACAUAUCUCUCCAUCCGCUCAGCGAGUACUAAGGUCAUUGCCAAGAAGCUCAAUGAGUUGAACGAUAAGAUCCUAGCAGAGGGAGACAAGGACGUAGCUCUGAAUUCUUCCGAGUUGGAGACUGUCGUCGCACUUUGUGGGCAAUUAGAGACCUCUCAGAAGCUGCCAGACUCCCCAGCCGUCCAGGCUGGACUUCCCUUGAUCUUCAAUAUCGCAACCAAAUGGCCAACAGCCAAUCGACUCCCUGGACUGGAUCUGCUUCAGUACGACGGCGCGGAUCUCAUUACCGGCAUCCUGUCUAGUGGGGUCUUUGAUGCACCUUUGAACGUCAACAACGCCAUGCUUUCAGUCCGAACAUUUGCCAACCUCUUCGAAACGGAUACAGGCCGUAGUUUGGCAAUCCAGGUCUUUGACCAGGUGCUGGCUGGUGUCAAAUCCGCACUAGCUAACAGCGGAGACGCGCCAAACCGCAACCUCACCAUCGCCAUUACGACUCUCUACAUCAACUUUGCAGUUUACCUCACCUCCGAGGGCCGAGCCCAAACUCCCGAAGCCGCGGAGCGGGGCCUAGUGCUCCUUGAGGAGCUAACGAAGAUUGUCUCCGGCGAGAAAGAUUCCGAAGCAGUCUACCGUGGGCUUGUUGCGCUGGGCACACUUGUGCAAGCUUUGGGGACCGAGGUUAAGAGCGCCGCGAAGGAGAUCUAUGAGGUUGAGAAGGUUCUCUCGCGCAUCUCGGCCUCGGGGCCUGGGAAGGAACCGCGGAUUAAGGGUGUGAUCAGUGAGAUCAGGGCAGCUCUCUAG